AUGAAGCUAUUCGUGUUUUCGCUAGCAUGGGCCUUUGCUCUUCUAGCUUCUUCCGUGGCUUCAGCAGCUACUGUGGAUCACACUUUCAAAGUUCAAAACAUGACUAUCAAACGUUUGUGCAAGGAGCAAGUGAUUGUCGCAGUUAAUGGGCAAUUUCCUGGACCAACGAUAAAUGUCAACGAAGGUGACACAGUUAUUGUCCAUGUAUUGAAUGAGGGACCUUAUAAUAUCACUAUUCAUUGGCAUGGAUUAUUUCAGUUCUUGAGUGCUUGGGCUGAUGGACCUGAAUAUGUAACUCAAUGCACAAUUAGUCCGAGAAAUAAGUACACGUAUAAAUUCAACGUAACACAGCAAGAAGGAACUUUAUGGUGGCACGCUCACGCAUCAUAUUUACGCGCAACAGUUCAUGGUGCUUUCAUCAUUCACCCUCGUUCAGGCCAAUAUCCAUUUCCUAAACCAGACGAUCAGAUUCCCCUUAUAUUAGGUGAUUGGUAUAAUUCUAAUGUUGAGGAUAUUACUGCCGAAGCACAAGCUACCGGUGGUUCACCAACGACAUCUAAUGCCUUCACAAUCAACGGCUUGUCUGGCGAUCUCUUCAAUUGUUCUAAAAAGGAUAUUCAAGAUGAAAGUAAAGCAAUGCUACGAAUGAUCAACGCUGCACUCAAUUACGAUCUUUUCUUCAAGAUAGCAAACCACAAUUUCACAGUUGUUGCUGUCGAUGCUUCAUACACCGACCGCUAUGUCACUGAUGUCAUCGUUAUUGCCCCUGGCCAAAGUGCUGACGUGUUAUUCACAGCCAACCAACCCAAUGGUUCAUACUACAUGGUUGCCUCUCCUUACGUUGUUGGUCUAUCUGAAUUUAACAAAAACGCAACACGCGGCAUAGUCGUUUACCAAGAUGCGCCGCCGUCGUCACAACCCGUGAUGCCGAUUCUACCACCCUUUGACGACAACGAGACAGUGUUUAAAUUCUAUAGCAAUGUAACGAGCAAGGUGGGGGCCCCACAUUGGGUUCCUGUGCCACGUAAGGUGGAUGAGCACAUGUUCAUUACCAUUGGAUUCAACUUGGAUUUUUGUGAUCCUAAGAAUGUCACCAAUGGCACGUGUCAGGGCCCAUUUGGCCAAAGGUUUUCUGCUAGCAUGAACAAUGAGUCAUUUGUUGCUCCUACGGGGAAAGGGUUGUCUAUGUUGGAAGCAUUUUAUAAAAAUGUGAGUGGAGUGUACACUGCGGAUUUCCCUGAUAACCCCCCACUUAACUACAGCUUCACGGAUCCUGACACAGCUAUGAACAAAAGCCUUCUAUUUGCACCAAAAUCAACCAAGGUGAAGAGACUCAAGUUUAAUUCAACGGUGGAGAUUGUGUUUCAAGAUACAGCUCUUCUUGGUGGCCAGAACCAUCCUAUGCACAUUCAUGGAUUUAGCUUCCAUGUUUUGGCUCAAGGGUUUGGGAAUUUUAAUUCCACUACGGAUGUAGAAAAGUUUAAUUUGGUGAAUCCACAAAUACGCAACACAAUUGGUGUUCCUGUGGGAGGAUGGGCUGUCAUCAUAUUCCAAGCAAACAGCCCAGGGGUUUGGCUUGUGCAUUGUCAUAUGGAAGAUCACGUGCCAUGGGGACUAGCCAUGACAUUUGAGGUUGAGAAUGGACCAACUCCUUCAACCUCACUCCCUCCCCCACCUCCUGAUCUGCCUAAAUGUUAA